AUCUGUAGUCAAAGAAAGAAGCAAGAUCUGCUUAUACAAUGAAUCAAAAAAUUCCAUUCAGGACCAGCUUGACUUUAGAUGACUCAUGCACCCAUCUCAAUAAAGACUUAAAGACUUUUCUUCUCUCUCUCUCUCUCUCUCUCUCUCUCUGAGUUGUACCUCAUUUCCAAAGGCCCCAUUCACACUUGAUGUGGCUGUAAUUGGAUUUAAGAUUGUCUUUGUACUGGAUGAUUUCUUUUUAUUUUGUAGUAUUAAAUUAUUGUAUGGGUUUCAUUUAUUUUGGUUCGUAAGAUGACUUCCACCUUCAAUUGCCGUGUAAGGACUGCUUGCAGAUUAUGGAAUGAUAAUAAAAGUCUUUUCUUUUUCUAGUGUUUUUUGAGGUCUUUUUGGGGUGUGUGGACCAAAUGGUUGUCUCUCAGAAAUUCCUUCUUGAUUUUUUAAAUUUGUUGUCAAAAGUUGUGGGUUUUUCCUUCUAACCAGAAAAAUAAAAAAAGGUUGUGGGUGUUUUUUCUGGUCAAGUUUUCAGAUAAUCCAAUUUGAGGUGAGUUUUGCCAUCCAAACCACAAUCUUCACCUUAUUGUGCUUGCUGUUUAGUGGGAUUACUUAUAUGGUUAUUGUCAUAAUCAGUAUGGUUUUUGGUGAAUGGAUCAUAUGGAGAUGGAAGAGAAAAAUGUUAUCAUGAUCGUAUGGUAUUGGCACAAAAUUUAAUUUCUUGGUUUCAUUCUACUGGACCUUGGGUUCAAAAGGCAGCAUCUGGGAAUUGGAUUUUGUAGGAAAGUAAACAUCUUGAGAGAAAUGACACAAGAAAAAUAUGGUGCUGAGCCAGUAAUUAUUGAUGCCUCUUUGUGUCUUUCUUCCCAUUUUAAGGUUUACUGUUUUGGGUAGGUUUUAUAAGGGUUUGAAGACUUGCUGAAUCUGGUACUUGUAGGAGACCUUUUGUUAAGAAUGAAGCUUUAUCAGAGAAGUGAGGAAAAGUGGUGUGUGUGAAUUUGUCAGGGGCUAUGAAGUGCUUCUCAUUUUACAGUGGCGAUAAGAAGGACGAACCAAAGACUACAAAGUUGGUCUCUGUUCAAUCAACAAAUUCUGCAUUUACUGAUCGUGAAGUAGGGAGAUCUAGUGAAUUUAAUUAUCCAGAUGUUUCGGGCACCAGCAUAGAAUCCAUCGAUAGGCCCUCAUUUCCUAGUAUGUCUCAAAGACCCAGCAAUCUCAGAGUGUUCACAGUUGCUGAGCUUAAAUCAGCUACCAGAAAUUUUAGCCGUUCCGUCAUGCUUGGAGAAGGUGGAUUUGGUUGUGUCUAUAGAGGUUCUAUCAAGAGCUUGGAGGACCCAACUAAAAAACUUGAAGUUGCAGUGAAACAACUUGGUAAAAGAGGGAUGCAGGGCCAUAAAGAAUGGGUCACAGAAGUGAAUGUUCUUGGGGUGGUUGAGCAUCCAAACCUUGUCAAAUUAGUUGGCUAUUGUGCUGACGAUGAUGAAAGAGGAAUCCAGCGCCUUUUGAUUUAUGAAUUUAUGCCUAAUGGAAGUGUGGAGGAUCAUUUAUCUGCUCGUUCAGAUGCACCUAUUCCAUGGGCCAUGAGGUUGAGGAUAGCUCAAGAUGCUGCUCGUGGGUUAACAUACCUUCAUGAAGAAAUGGGUUUUCAGAUUAUCUUCAGGGACUUCAAAUCUUCAAAUAUUCUCCUAGAUGAGCAGUGGAAUGCUAAACUGUCAGAUUUUGGAUUGGCUAGGUUGGGACCUUCAGAAGGACUGACCCAUGUUUCAACAGCAGUUGUGGGAACCAUGGGAUAUGCAGCUCCUGAAUAUGUCCAAACCGGACGUCUCACUUCCAAGAGUGACGUUUGGAGCUAUGGAGUCUUUCUCUACGAGCUCAUCACAGGUCGACGACCUUUAGAUCGAAAUCGACCCAGGAGUGAGCAGAAGCUUUUGGAAUGGGUUAAGCCAUACCUAGCAGAUGCGAAAAAAUUUCCACAAAUAUUGGACCCGAGGCUGGAGGGAAAAUAUCCCUUAAGAUCAGCCCAAAAGCUUGCAACUAUAGCCAACCGAUGCUUAGUCAGAAAUCCCAAGGCUCGUCCAAAGAUGAGCGAGGUUUUGGAAAUGGUAAACCGAAUUGUGGAUGCAUCAUCAGAAGCAUCGAGUCCUCAACUAUCAUUCAAGAGUUCAAUCACUAUGGAAACUUCACGGGACCAUAAAACGAAAAAUAAAAGAAGAAAAGUAGACUUGAAAGGCAGAGAAAGUGGUUGGUUUUCUCGGAUGUGGGCUCCAAAGCUUAUCAGAACAUGUUGACUGCAGUAAACUAUAGCAAACUGAUCUUGAGGUAGGUGUUUUGGCCCAUGGAUUACUCUGUUAUAAAACUUAUAUAUUAAGACCUGCAGGGUUCUUCAUGUAUUGACUAAAUAACAAACUGUGUGCUCAAAAACUUCCACAUGAUGUAAGUUCUCAUGCUACACUGAACUAAGCUGAGAAAAGAACGAUAGAUUAAGUCCAGAAGCAGCCUAGUUGAUUCAAAAACAAAUGCUUGUGGGAAGAUGCUAAUUUUAAAGAAAUUAUUACUGCCUUUUGUAUAUAGUUCCUUCAUUUUUCAAUAGAUCUCGUAACCACAUUUGAUGGUUAGCUCCUGUAGUGGUGUUAGGAUAAAAUGAUCUUCCACCUAGUAUGUUGAAUGAAGAGGCUUGCUUCUUGGGGCUCACUUUGGAAAAUUUUUGGAGUGGGAUUGGUCAUUGAACUUAUGUAAAAUUUCUUUUAUUCUUGGUUUUGCUUAAUUUUGUAUUCCUAAUGUUACAUUUUUGUAGGAUGCUAUAGAGCUGUUAGAUGGUUUGCUGUAAUAUAUUUUGAUCAGACUAUUUAAUGAUUGUAUCUUCAACUUAUUAUACAUAUAAUUCUUGGUUUAUUUGUCA